CUGACGUUUAGCACUGGGUCGCUCCAAACAUUGGAUAUUAACAACACCGCUGGUUUCGCCACAUUCGACUUCAUAAAACUAACUUUAGAGAGCCCGUGUCCCCCCAGUGAGGCAGCACACAGAACCUCAAGAUGCCCAGAAAGUCUAUGGCAGAGUGGGAGGCGCUCUUCAAGGCCACAGAUAAGGACAAGAACGGUACCCUGGACAUCAACGAGCUGAGGCUGAUGCUCAAGUCCGCAAACUCCAACAUCACCGAGUCUCAGCUCGCUAAUAUGUUUGUCUACUUUGAGUCGACCAACGGGGACAAGAAAAUAACUUUGUCUGAAUUUAUUUCCGGGAUGCAGAAGCUUGAAGGCUUCAUCAAGACUCUAUCCACCCUGUUCACCAAGUUCGAUAAAGACAAGAACGGGUACCUGGACAAGAAGGAGCUGAAGAAGAUCAUCGACGCUUGCGGUCAGAAGUUCACGGACAUGGAGCUGGAUGAGAUCAUGAAGAAGAUGGACACCAGUCGGGAUGGGAAGAUCUCCCUGGCGGAGUUCCUUGACGCCAUGAUAUAGAGAGACUGGCUGUGGGGAGUGUCCCCAUUGGCUUGACCACACACAAUAAAAAAACAUAAACUCUUAGUUUGACCACACGCAAUAAAAAACAUAAACUUUUGGUUUGACCACACGCAAUAAAAACAUAAACUUUUGGUUUGACCACACACGAUAAAAACAUAAACUUUUGGUUUGACCACACGCAAUAAAAAACAAACUUUUGGUUUGACCACAUGCAAUAAAAACAUAAACUUUUGGUUUGACCACACGCAAUAAAAAAAACAUAAACUUUUAGUUUGACCACACGCAAUAAAAACAUAAACUUUUGGUUUGACCACACGCAAUAAAAAACAAACUUUUAGUUUGACCACACGCAAUAAAAAACAUAAACUUUUGGUUUGACCACACGCAAUAAAAAAAAACAUAAACUUUUAGUUUGACCACACGCAAUAAAAAACAUAAACUUUUGGUUUGACCACACGCAAUAAAAACAUAAACUUUUGGUUUGACCACACGCAAUAAAAAAAAAAACAUCAGUUUGUCGAAUGAUUAAAGCU